CGGGGGUUGGGGAGUGGGGUUUGGCGCUGUCAUGGGCGUGUGAGGCCGGGCCGGGGCUGCUCGGCCAUGGGGGCGCCGCUCGCCGUGCUGGCCUCCAACGACACCCUGAGCCUGACGGUGCGGCCCGGCGCUGCAGCGUCGUCCCCGGGGGACGGGCCGGGCGGGGGGGACCGCGGCUGCGAGAACGGGGCGCUGAUGGACUCCUUCGGCAUCUUCCUUCAGGGGCUCCUGGGCGUCGUGGCCUUCAGCACUCUCAUGCUAAAAAGAUUCAGAGAACCAAAGCAUGAAAGACGUCCUUGGAGGAUAUGGUUUUUAGAUACUUCCAAGCAAGCCAUAGGGAUGUUGUUCAUCCACUUUGCAAAUGUGUAUUUAUCGGACCUUACCGAAGAGGACCCUUGUUCACUGUACCUUAUAAAUUUCUUGCUUGAUGCCACUUUAGGAAUGCUGUUAAUCUAUGCUGGUGUGCGUGCAGUCAGCAGCAUAGUAGAAUGGCAACAGUGGGAGUCCCUUCGUUUUGGUGAAUAUGGUGACCCACUUCAGUGCACUGCUUGGGUGGGACAGUGUGCCCUAUACAUAGUGAUCAUGAUGUUUGAGAAAACCAUCAUCAUUAUAGUCCUCCUAAUACCUCAGUGGAAAGAGGUAGCUUUAUUGAAUCCUAUAGAGAACCCCCAGCUGGAGCUGGCUAUCGUCAUGCUGAUAGUUCCCUUCUUUGUUAAUGCAUUGAUGUUUUGGGUAGUGGAUAAUUUUCUUAUGAAGAAAGGAAAGACAAAAGCUAAACUUGAAGAAAAGGAAGCAGGACAGGAUUCAAGGAAUGGAAGUAAAGUCCGUUACAGGAGAGCAGCAUCACAUGAAGAGUCAGAAUCAGAGAUCCUCAUUUCUGCAGAUGAUGAAAUGGAGGAAUCAGAAGUUGAAGAGGAUCUGCGGAGACUGACUGAUUUAAAGCCUGUUAAGAAGAAGAAGCAUCGUUUUGGGCUGCCUGCAGGGACGCAGUCCACCCCCGUGAAAAAGAAGCGCCCUCCAGUGAAGGAGGAAGAUCUUAAAGGAGCGAAAGGAAAACUCUCCAGCAACCAAGAAAUUAAAUCCAAAACCUACCAAGUCAUGAAGCAAUGUGAACAAAUGGGCUCUGUGGCACCUUCUGUAUUCAGUCGAGAUCGGACAGGAGGUGAAACAGUCUUUGAGAAGCCUAAAGAAGAACCACCAAAGAGUGUGUUUGGCUGACAACCAAAUUUAACAUGUAUAACAGAGAUUUACUAAACAGUCCCAAAAUUGAUGUCACUUAAACUAAACUUACUGCUACACUUAAUAGUUAACUUAUUUUUUUCAAAUUAGUCAUUAAUUAGAGAGGGGAUUCAUUCUGAAUGGUACAACUUCCUUUUAUAAUUUUUUAUUAUGUAUUUUCUGUCCAUGCUUUAUUUGCUAGAAUCAUUUCAUAAAGUACAUGGUCAUUGGACAUAGCCUGGCACAGUAAUGAUCAUUUUCUAGCUACUCUUAUUGAUUAGUUUGAGUGUAUUUAAGGUUUUGUUCCACUGUCAUGCUUUAGUUCAAUUGUAGAUAUAAUCUUAAAUGCAAAAAAAUAAAAAUAAAUACUAAAAUUA